AAGCAGAAGUGCUGCAGCGUGGGGCUGCGUUUGUUCCUAACCCCGUUUCCUCUGUGUGGGGCUCAGUGUGUGCUCACUGGGUGCUGCCUGUGCUGCCGUCUCCUGCUGCCUCCCUGUCCCCUCGCAGCCCCAGGCAGCAGCUGUGGGGCAGGAUGGGGGACUGGACUUUGCCCAUUGGCUCCUUGGGGGAGGAGGUGGUGGCCCAGCUCUGUGAGCUCCUGGACACGGCUGGACGGGGCUGGCGCAAACUGGCGGAGGUGGCUGGGGCAGAGAAACGCUUCAAGUGCAGCGAGGAGGAGCUGGAGAUGUGCUCACUGAAGGUGCUGGAGCCCCUGGGCAGCCCCACUCAGAGCCUCCUGCAGCUCCUGGCCGAGCGAGAGUGCACCCUCUGGUACCUGCGGGGCUGCCUGCUCAGGAUGGGGCACACACGGGCCUUCCAGGUCCUCAGCGGUGCUGUCCACAAUGUGAUCCGCAUCACGGUGCAGCCGGAGUCACAGGUGGUGGCAGAGGGGACACGGGUGUCCCUGAGCUGCUGGGCCACCGGCCCAUCGGGGCUCACCUACCAGUGGUUCUGUGGGAAGCAGGAGGUGCCCGGAGCCACAGCCCCAGAGCUGCUGGUCGACACGGCUGCGCUGCCAGGGCUGCCCCAGUGGUUCAUCUGCCGGGUGAGCUGCGGGGCCGCCUUCGCCUUCUCCAGGUGGGCUCACAUCCAAGUGAAGAGGAGCCACAGCCCCGAAUCAGGCAGCGGUUACUGCCCCAACAUGGUGGGGCUGCAGAUCCUGCAGCAGCCGCGGCCGUGCUGCCUGGCUGAGGGGGACCCGCUGGUGCUGGAGUGCAGAGCUCAGGGCAACCCACCACCACAGUACCAGUGGUUCAGGAACCGGCGCCCUGUGGAGGGAGCACGAGACCCACGGCUGCAGGUGCAGCUGGUGACCACAGCCGAGCGGGGCACGUACUCGUGUCGUGUGUUCAACCUCUUCCACGAGCUGUGGAGCCAGGAGGUGGAUGUGGAGAUCGGCCCGCGGCUCUUUGCCUCCGGAGCCCCCUGGCAGGAUGGGGUUGGAGAUUCCCCAGAGCCCGGCAGCUCCGACCAGCUGUAUGCCACAGACAAAGUGGCGCUGCUGCUGGGCAACAUGCACUACAUGCACCACAAGCACCUGCGGGCGCCCAUGGUGGACGUGCACGCGCUGGGUGCGCUGCUGCAGCAGCUGGACUUCAAGGUGGUGUCACUGCUGGACCUGCGCCGGGACGAGAUGCAGAUGGCGGUCGAUGAAUUCCUGCUGCUCCUCGACAAAGGGGUCUAUGGGCUGCUGUACUACGCCGGGCACGGCUACGAGAACUUCGGCACCAGCUUCAUGGUGCCCAUCGACGCGCCCGGCUCCUACACCUCUGCCCACUGCCUGUGUGUGCAGCACGUGCUGCAGCGCAUGCAGCAGCGCCGCACCGGCCUCAACAUCUUCCUGCUCGACAUGUGCCGCAAGAGGAACCUCAAUGACGACGUCGUGCCGCAGGUUGGGGCGCUGGAGGUGACGGCCAACAUCGUCUUUGGCUACGCCACAUGUGCGGAUGCUGAAGCCUACGAGCUGAGCCAGGACGAGCUCUCCAACGGCGUCUUCGUCACCUUCCUCAAGCGCUGGCUGCUGGAGGACGAGAAGAUCACGGUGCUGCUGGACAAGGUGGCUGAGGACAUGGGCACGCUGGAGCUGACGCGGGGCCGCCAGGCACUGGAGCUGCGCAGUAACCUGUCGGAGCGGCGGGCACUGACUGACCCCAUCUGCUCCUCGGGACGGGCCGAGAGCUCCGCCAGGAACCUGCAGUGGGCCAAAGCUCACGUCCUCCCCGAGAGCCGCCAGCUGCGCUUCGACUGCGGUGUCACGGUGCAGCUGGGCUUUGCUGCAGAGUUCUCCAACAUCAUGAUCAUCUACACCCGCGUCCUGGCCGCCCCCGGGCACAUCGCUGAGUGCGUGGCCAGGCUCACCGACCUCCCCGAGGAGCUGGACGUGGACCUGAAGUGCAUCAACAGGGAGAGCCCAGAGGAGCUGGGCAGCCCCUUGGUGCCCACCUGGAGCGUCACCUGCCCGUCCUGCUGCCUGUACAGCCGCCUCUGUGGGCUGCAGAGGCUGCGGCAGGAGCUGACCUUCACCGUGUGCCUGCAGCUCCGUUACCGCGGCGGGGCCGACUUUGUGGAGGAGCAGCAGGUGGUGAGUGUGGGGCGGCCGCUCAUCUCCAAACUCAACCUGAGCCCCCGGGACCCCAGCACAGCGCCCGCCUCGGGGGGGUCCGGCAGCCCCCUGUCUGCAUCGCCCCCCGACAGCUGGGGGAACAGCCCCGACGUGAACCUGAGCCCUGAGGUGCCCGGAUCACAUGGGGUGUAAGGGGGCACAUCUGUGUACGGGGCACUACCACCCCAUAUAGAGAGCAGUGUCACCCUAUGUACAGGGCACUGCCAUCCCAUUGUAUGUAGAGCUGUGCCGCCCCAUAUAUAGGGCUGUGCCAUCUCAUACACAGAGCAGUGCCUCCCCAUACACAAAGCAGUGUCACCCUAUGUCAUAUACAGGGCAGUGUCACCCCAUAUAUAGAGCAGUGCCACCCCAUAUGGACCCCACGGUCCCUGUGGGGUGGGCAGGGGGCAGGACCGGGUGCUGCAGCUCAGAGAGGCGUCGCACCGGGGCGGGAUUGGGCUCAUUCAGGCCUAGGAGAAAUAGAGAGAAAUAAGCAGAUUAGGGGGCAAAUCCCACCGGAGGGGGAUGGGAGAGGGGAGCGGAGGGCUCCUGUACGGCAGCGGGGCGAAGAUUUUGGGGAACAAUCGGAGUCUGGGGUGUGUGUUGGGGGGGAUGGAGCCUUUCUGCUCCCACGACGUGAGCCGGGGCCGCGGGGCGCUGCCCGCUGUGUGCCAACACCACGGGGCGGCCGUGGGGGCCCCUCGACCCAAUUACGGUGGGCUGUGGGGCAGCCCCCUCCCCGCCGCCCGCCCUUUGUUGGCCGGGGGGUGCCCGGGCGUCGCGGCGGGGUCGGCGCCAACCUCUGCCAUUAUGUCAUGCGAAAAGCGCAGCCCCCAUUCAGCGCGUCCCGUCCCCCGGAUCAAACCCCAUUAAUUCCGCGGCCGUUGCUUCAUUAUCUCCCGCGCCGAGCACGCCUCUGCCCGUGGCCCAUUAGCCGGGCCGGGGGGCCGAGGGAGCAUCGAUUAUGCGUUUAAUGGGUUGUUAAAGGUUUAAUUAUCGCUAACGAAGCAGACGAGCAGCAGCAGCCGGGGGAUGGGGACGAGGAGCCGGGUCCCCGCGGGGUCAGCGCGGCCCGGACGGUGUCACCGGGAGACCCCAGCGCGGCCGUGGGCGCAGCUCCGCCCCGGCCCCGACCGGCCCCACGUGCCCCAUCAGUCGCCGUUUGGAGCCCGCAGCCCCCACGUGCUGCCAACAUCCCGUCGCUGCCCGGCGGUGCCACCCACCACCUCAGUCACGUCCCUGCUCCCAUCGGGUCCCCGCCGGCCCCAUCGGGGCUGAGCCCCCCCUUUUCCGCCCGGCAAUUACGGCAGCUUCGUGCCCCGCUGGGGAGCAAUUAGGGCCGGAGUGACGGCGGCGCAGAUUCCCCCUGACAAGCUGGCGGGACGCGGGCCGGGAUCCGGUCACCCGUGUGCGGGGACGGCGGCGUUUCCCGGCGGAUGCGGAGCGUGGCCGGUGUUACCGUGGGUUUCCCGGUCGCCGAGCAGCGCAGCGCGACCCGCUGCUCCCACCCACCAGCACCGCGCCCUGAAAAAACAACAGCCCCCGUUUGUUCCCUACGAAACCGGAGAGUUUCUGUUUGUGCGUAAAAAAGGAAAAG